AUGGCAUCUGAUUCAAAAGCAGCUGGUGGUAUAGUGACAAAAGAAAUCGAAUCUCGUCUUAAACAAAUACCUGAACAUUUGUUUGAAGUAUUUCUUGAGAUUCGUGAACCAGUUGAUAAUGAAACGCCUGAGAUUUUAAUAAAAUAUCCAAAUGACGUUUCUGAUGAUAGUCUUAAAAAUGUAACGAAUUUUGCUUAUCCAUGCAAAACACCAUCAGAUGAACAAAGUGAGCAUUUUGCAUUUGUGAUACUUGAUACAACUGGUACUCUUUUUCGUUUUGGUUAUUGUCGACGAUCGAAUCGUGAAUCUACUUGUUUAUGUAUUAUUAGUUUUUAUCCAUGGUUUGAAACAUUCUAUAAAAUUUUAAAUGAUUUAUCUCAUAUAAUUAAUUCAAAAUCAACUGCCGAUAUGGAACAAUUGUUAUCAUCAUUGUAUAAUUAUAAAUUAAUGUCAAUUGAAGAAUUUUAUAAAAAUGAAGGAAAAGAAAUUAUUGAAAUAAAUAUUCUUUCAAAAAAUUAUACUUAUACUCGUCCUGAUCCACGAAAACUUCCUUCAAUGUUAACUAGUCGUAAUUUCACUGUUAUGGUUUCACGAUUGGGUCCGGAAAUAAUGUUACGUCUUUUUUCACAUUUAAUUUUCGAACGACGUAUUCUAUUUGUUUCAUCGAAACUUUUUCAUUUAACUGCAUGUGCAUAUGGAUGUUUACAUUUAAUUUAUCCAAUGCAUUGGCAAAGUAUAUUUUUACCAAUACUUCCUUCAUCAAUGACAUGGACUACACAAUGUACUGCACCAUAUAUACUUGGAAUGCAUUCAAGUUUAUUUUCGACAUUAAACAUGAAUGAAUUAGGUGAUGUUGUUAUUGUGAAUAUUGAUGAACGAAAAAUUGAAUCACAAUAUGAUGAUCUUAAUUAUUUUCCUAAAUAUUUAAUUCGAAGUAUGAAAAAAGGUAUUCAACACUCAUCACAAUUAGCUGGAGAUCAUUUAGCAAGAGUUUUUCUUCGUGCAAUGGCAUUUUCUAUUGGUUAG